CCUGGUGCAUGAGCUCGUGUGAUUGGCUGCGGACACCUUGGGGAGUGUGCCCUUGAUCACCACUUGUACUCAAUUACCAAUCAAAACUUUCUUACGCGCGCCCGGAGCCGUGUUUUCUGCUGCCCCUUAAGUCGUUUUAACAAAGUCAGUAACUCGAUCUUCUCACCGAGAGGCAGCCGGGCACACUAGACGAAGAAACCGAGAAGCACCUAGAAUGAACGGUAUGGUGUGGGGGCUCUUUCAUCACAUGCCGCGCUUCAUGGAGUCGGACAGCAAAAGUUUCCAGCCAUGGAGAGACUACAUGGGACUGUCGGACAUAAUCAGAGAGAUCCUGGCACGUAACACCGCCACCGAGGCCUCACUGCCAUCCUCCAAAGCACCGCGCUCGGAGUCUGCUGAUCUGUGCAAGACUGUGGUAUCUGUGCGCAUUAACGCAGUUGGCCAAAGUGACCACCGCGCGCCAGCAAUCCCCGGCGAAUCCACACCGCCAGGCUCCUUUGCUCAUCAGCACCAGGCGGAUGGUUUGUGGCACGCACCAGACCCCGUUCGUGCCGACACACCCGAUGCGCUGGAUUUUAAACUAGUGCCAAAAGCGACGGGCUCCCGGGGGCCGAACGACCACAAGAAGGCGACUAAGACGACUCGUUACAAGUCACCUGAGCCGCCAGCGUUGCCUCCAUCAUCUGAGCGCAUGUUCUGCAGUUUCUGCAAGCACAACGGGGAGUCUGAGUUGGUGUACGGAUCCCACUGGCUGAAGAACCAGGCAGGAGAGGUUUUGUGUCCCUAUCUGCGGCAAUACGUGUGUCCUCUCUGCGGAGCCACGGGGGCCAAAGCCCACACCAAGCGCUUCUGUCCAAAGGUGGACUUGGCGUACAGCUCCGUGUACGCCAAGUCCAGACGCUGAACCAACAGGUGGCAGGUAGCAGUGAGACGCUGCACAGACGGCGGAAUCCUUUUUAUGUGUGAUUUGUGUUUGUUAGCACUAGUGUGUUUUUGCUUUUUGUAUGUUUUGGUUUGGUUUUCAUUUGCAUGCUUUGGCGCGUUUACGUUUGCAGCCUUCUGUAAAGCUGAUUGGAGUCGUUUUCCAGCUGGUCUUUUUGUCAGCCUAGCCUUCUUUAACAGCGUCUGUUUGGACAUGGUGGAUUUUGUGAGAUACUUGCAAGAACGACUGCCAGAUAUUAUGUUUGGGAGGAGAAAAAAAAUGUUUCAAAGGUUUGUUUUACAUAUUUUUAAAAAGUGGCCGAUUGAUGUCCAAUUUCAUAUUUCCUGUCCAUGCAUUGAAGGAUUGCAACACUAUAUCAAAACUUUAGACUUACAGUCAUGAGUAAUAACUUAACUACAGGAUGUAAACAUCAUGUGACCAUGUCAGAAUUUUAAAUUUUUAAAAAUAUGAGUGACUUGUUCUUGUUCUGAGGUGUGCCAGUAAAUACCUGUUCUUGAGGCAUGCUAUUUUAUUUUGAAUAUUGUACAUGUGGCUCCUCUAAAAAUGCAAUUUCAGCUCUUCUCACUUUGUGAAAAGAAAUCUUUGUGAAAUUUUCUGUGAAUAUUAUUGUGUGCCAGAAGUUAUAUUUGUCUAAACUGACUAAAUCUGUGUUUGUAUUCUUCGUCA